AUGGGCUCAAGUAACACCAGGCCGAAGCUGACUCAGGUGGUUCCAUCUCACGGUCCGCUGGAACGACAAAGCAGCCGAGGAGAGCAUAGAUUCAGUCAGCCCAUCUCAAACUGGACCGUAGAGUCGUUGGAGAGCCCCCCAGAUGAGCAACAGGGGAGUCUGGGAAUGAGGAGGAACACCCAGCUACCCCCUCUGAGACAAGUACCGCUGACCUUCUCCCCGCUCACUGCAGGCUACAUGUCUCACAGUCAUGGCUCCAAUGUGGGACACAGUAUCAUUCAGUCCCAUCCUCCCCGGAGACCACAGGCUCUUCAGCCUCUGGCUCCACCUACAAUUCUGCUCGAGGAAGCCUCCAAGGUGUUGGGGACAGGACAGAAAAGUGGGGCUGUCCUCCACUCUCUCACCCGCGGCCAGGAGGGGCGCUGUGGCACAGGUGGUCUUCUGCAGACUCAGGGACGGUUCCUGGAGGCGCAGGCGGUCCUUGGUCGACAGGCUCACAGCCAGCGCAGGUCGCACCGGCGGCGGGUUCGGGAGAUGCAGGAGAAGAGGGAGCGACGGAGGCAGGGCAGGACUGUCUGCACAGGCCAUGUUGACAGAGGGGAUUAUGGGAAUGAGAUGCAGAGGGUACACCUGGUCAAGAGGCCUGCUGAGAGAGACAUUUUCUGGGACGUGUCCAGCCAGGAGGGCAUCGACCUCGACAACCUGUCCCACGGGAGCACUGGGCCUCUGGAACAGGACAGGCGGAGGAGCCCUCAGUCAGAAUCUCACGGACUACUGAAAGAGGAGCUGGCCUGGGGAGAACCGGAGCAGGGCGAUUCCGGGUUAUUCCACCAGGAGAGAACCACAAAAACCGGAUGGAGAAAAGAAACCCACAGACAGUUGGAGUCAGGCGCACAGGGAGAACAGAAAAGACUUCCCUGGAUGCUGGGAUGGGAAGGGCUUGAACACUGUGGGCAGAGUCCCAGGGGGGCGUCAGAUAACAGAGAAGAAACACCUCCGUGGGAUAUGGAGUCUGGAUGGGCAAGCUCUAUCCGACAGGAGGAAAGAAGUGAACCAGUGAGGAACGGGCGCUCCAAAUUUGAGGAAGGGUGGGGAUUUGGACCCCGGGCAGGAGAAGGGCGGUGGCACAGAGGCCGACUGACCAGGACUAAACUGGAGCUCAUUCCGUCCUUCCAAAAUCAGCUAGAUUUGGAUAGCGAGAUGUAA